AGUUAGCUUUCAACAUUCCAUCGGUGAAGAUCGCGCUAUAUACCUACUUAAAAUUUGUUUUUAUUUAUUUGUUGGAGAUUUACUUUUACAUUUUUCUUUAUUAUAUAUGAUAUAAAAUAAAAUUAUUCAUAAAUUUAUUAAAAAAGAAUGUUUUUCCGUGAAAACUUUAAAUGUGCUUUACUCUUGAUUAGCCUUUUUUGUUGUUCAGGUGUUUUGUGUAACAAUGACUGCUCAAUUGGAGAUAAAUGUGUACAUGGAACGACAAAUGCACGUGGUGAAGCAAAACUCAUAACUGAAUGCCCUUCGGCUAUUGCUGAUCUUCAGAAAAAUAUUCGACCAUGGGGUUGUGGAUUCCAGGGGUUAUUUCAGAUAAUCUGUUGCCCAUACCCUCCAGGACAAGCCGUAGAUGACAAACCUAUGCCAGUUGACGAUAGAUUCUCUUCAAAUCGAAAUGAAAGAGUUGCCCUAAGAAAAUGCAGAGAAUAUGCAAAAUAUGCAUAUGAAAAUGUAACAUUGCCCAUAACAGUUCCGGGUGAACCCAAUGUGAUCCGUAAAGUGGACAGAUGUGGCUUUAAUGUGGUUCCUCUCAUUGUUGGAGGAACUUUGGCUGGAUCACGUGAAUUUCCUCACAUGACCCUGGUGGGAUAUGGCAAUAAUCCAGGUGUGUGGAAAUGCGGAGGAACGAUCAUCAGUGAAAAUCACAUUCUAACAGCUGGACAUUGUCUCGUUUCUCAGGAAUUUGGAUCAGCCACAUGGGUACGCGUGGGAGAUUUAAAUUACGAAUCAGAUGACGAUGAAGCACGUCCGGAAAAUAUAAGAAUCAAGAGACACGUCCCCUUUCCAGAAUACACCCGGAAAACUCAGUACAACGACUUAGCUCUACUAGAGUUGGAACGUCGAAUUACCCUCAGUCCAUACGCCAGGCCAGCGUGCCUUUAUACGGAAUUUGAUUCAAAAACCCAAAAAGCAAUUGCAACGGGAUGGGGAAGAGUUGAGUGGGCAGGAGAUACCAGCAGUAAUCUCCUCAAGGUUACCCUGGAACUCUUCUCAUACCGCGAAUGCAAUAAAUCUUUUGAGUACAAUAUUAACCGGAAAUUAAGUCAGGGAAUCUUAGAUGAGUCACAACUUUGUGCUGGAUCUCAUGACGAAGAGAAGGAUACUUGUGAAGGUGACUCAGGAGGUCCUCUGCAGAUCUUCAAUAAUGAUGUCUACUGCAUGUACAAUGUGAUUGGUGUGACAUCAUUCGGCAAGGGAUGUGGUACAGCUGGUCAACCUGGAGUUUACACACGUAUCUCACACUACAUUGAUUGGCUAGAGAAGACUCUGUGGCCCAAUCAGUAAGGGUCUUAGCUGGGACGAAUGUUGUGAUAAAACUCAUAAAUGUUCUCGCUCAA